AUUCUCCUCAACGCGAAGGGAAGAAACUUCCUUUUUCAUCUGACACCGUGAGUCUGUGGCCACUGAUCGAGCUCUCCCUCCAUGGAUCGAGUCCAGCUUCUUCUAUUGGGGUUGCCACUCUUUCUCUUUUGUUCAGAUCUUAUUAACCUCUUCACUCCACCACCUCCCAAGCCCCCCCACCAUGCCCACAGCCAUCCUCACCUCCAACAGGAACCCAUUGUCAAGCAAGCCCUAGACUUCCCCACCCAGAAAACGUUCGGCAGUGGAGCAGUCGGUUUUGGAAGCACCGUCAACAUUAACUUCUGCACCUCUUGUUCUUACAGGGGAACUGCAUUGACAGUGAAGAAGAUGCUUGAAACUUCUUUCCCUGGAAUUGAUGUUGUUCUUUCAAAUUAUCCCCCAGCAUUUCCAAAACGCCUACUUAGCAAACUAGUGCCAGUUGUUCAAGUAGGAGUUAUUGGGAUAGUAAUGGCAGGUGAACAAAUCUUCCCAAGGCUGGGUUAUAUGACACCACCUCCUUGGUACUUCUCUAUGCGUGCAAACAGAUUUGGAACCAUUGCGUCCACUUGGCUUUUUGGCAAUUUUGUUCAAUCUUUCCUGCAGAGUUCUGGAGCUUUUGAAGUCUACUGCAAUGGGGAAUUGGUUUUUUCUAAGCUGAAGGAACAGAGAUUCCCUGGAGAAGGAGAGUUGAGGGAUCUUGUUAGCAAAAAACUGGCUAGUUCAAGAGUUGUGGAUGAUCUUGGAGCUGCCUGGUCGUAGUGUGCUUGGUGCAACACAUCCACAUGAUCAUGACACCAUGAUAAUUCAGAUGCUAGACAUGCUGCAUCUCAGAUUGUCGUUACAUGUAUACAAUUAAGAUAACACAAUGCUAAUAUAUUUCCUCUUCUAGAGUAAAACUAUUAGCAAGCAGAGAUAAGAACCACUUUGAUUUGUGAAAUAAUAAGAGGAAUCUUUAUUUUGAUCCA